UUAGAUAUGUACAGUUGGAUAUGCAUCUGCGUAUUACUCGCUGUGCUCUCUACGAGCUCAAUAGGACAGCAGACCUCUGGCUCAUUGCAUGAAGAUCCAAGCGUACCUGACAUGGGAGAGCAGAGAUUAUUACAACAUCCCAGACAUGCUCGUGCCUCCCCUUCUGGUCAGCUAAGGCCCUUUCAGCGCAUUGAUGGAAAUGGAGAACAAAAAAAUAACUUUGGAGUUAUGCUGGCUAAAUAUCUCCAGCAAACCAAAAAAGGUGCAUCUGGAAGAUAUUCUGUACUUCCAAACAGACCUAUCAUUGAUCCCACCCAUCGGAUAAAUGACCGAGACUACAUGGGAUGGAUGGAUUUUGGACGUCGAAGUGCUGAAGAAUAUGAGUACUCCUCUUAA